GUCAGAGUGAGAGAGAGAGAGAGAGACAAAGAGUGAGAAAGAGAGAAUGGAUUGUUGUGAUCUUAAACGUUUCUUUGUUGUAUUGACUCUAUUACGAAUCUGCAAAGAGGCAGCUGCUUAUAAUUUCCCUCUUGCACUUGCUAAUUGCAAAGACCAUUGCGGAGAUGUCAGUGUUCUUUACCCUUUUGGGAUAGGCCAAGGUUGUUACAAGGACAAAUGGUUCGAGGUCGUCUGCAGCAACUCAUCAGAUCAAGUCUCUGUACCUUUCCUACUUAGCAUCAGACGGGAAGUUCUUUCGUUUGACCUUGGAAGCUAUUCAAACUCCAUCUAUGGCCGUUCUCGUUAUCAGAGCAACAAGAUUCGCAUUCUGAGUCCACUGAAACAUACAGGCUGUUCCAAUGGAUCAAUAGGUGACUCGUCGUCUUUGAAUCUGACGGGUAGUCCAUUCUUUAUAUCAGACAGUAAUAAGUUCACAGCUAUUGGAUGUAACAACAAGGCCUUGAUGAAAGGCAAAGGAUCACAGAUCGUGGGAUGUGAGGCCACAUGUACUUACGAAAAUGAUACCGCCAGGGGUUGUGUGGGUUAUAAAUGCUGCCAAACCCAAAUACCAUCCGGUCUUCAAGUGUUUGAUGCAACUGUGGAGAAGAUGAUACCCGGUCAAGCUGGAUGUCAGGUUGCCUACUUGACACAUUUCGAGUUGUCUCCGUCCAUGUUCACAUCUCCUCAACUACAAGAGUACGGCAAGUACGUGAUGAUGGAGCUGGAAUGGGUUCUUGAUGUUUUCCCCAUCCCUUCCGAGGGUUCAACGACAGUACUAUGCGCGGAAAGUACGAAAGGUGCACUAGCUUCAAUAAUUUCAGCAAACCUAUAUCUAUAUCCCCCAACUGGAUAUCAGUGUUGGUGUAAACAUGGUUACCAAGGAAAUCCUUAUAUACCUGGUGGAUGUCAAGACAUUGAUGAAUGCAGAAAUUCACAUCAAAAUAUCUGUGGAAAGAACAAGUGUGUGAAUGUGCCCGGAUCAUUUAGAUGUGAGAGUAUUUGGCCAGCCAUUUUAAGUGGAACACUUAGUACUGGAUUGUUGCUUUUGGUCGUUGGGAUAUGGUGGCUAUGCAAGGUUAAUAAAAAGCGGAAAGCAGCCAAGCAGAAGAGAAAGUUCUUCAAACGAAACGGAGGUUUGUUGUUAGAGCAACAAACAUUGUUCCUUCAAGGCAGUGUCAACAGAACAAAACUGUUCAGCUCCAAUGACCUGGAGAAGGCAACAGAUAGAUUCAAUGCGAGCAGAAUAUUAGGGCAAGGCGGCCAAGGUACAGUGUAUAAAGGAAUGUUGGAAGAUGGAAUGAUUGUUGCAGUCAAAAAGUCCAAAGCAUUGGAAGAAGCGAAUCUUGAGGAAUUCAUCAAUGAGAUAAUCCUUUUGUCACAAAUUAACCACCGAAAUGUUGUCAAGAUCUUAGGAUGUUGUCUUGAGACAGAGGUACCUAUAUUGGUGUAUGAGUUCAUCCCGAACCGUAACCUUUUCGAUCAUCUGCACAACCCAUCAGAGGAUUUCCCAAUGACUUGGGAAGUCCGUCUCUGCAUCUCCUGCGAAGUUGCAGAUGCCCUCUCAUACCUGCAUUCAGCCGCCUCUAUCCCAAUUUAUCACAGAGAUGUCAAGUCAACAAAUAUCUUAUUGGAUGAAAAGCACCGUGCAAAAGUGUCAGAUUUUGGAAUCUCGAGAUCUGUUCCUAUAGAUGACACUCACUUGACAACAAUUGUGCAAGGAACAAUUGGAUAUGUAGACCCCGAGUACCUUCAGUCAAACCACUUCACAGGGAAGAGUGACGUCUACAGCUUUGGGGUUUUGCUCAUUGAGCUCUUAACCGGAGAGAAACCUGUCUCACUUCUGAGGCGGCAAGAAGUCAGGAUGUUGGGUGCUUACUUCCUCGAAGCCAUGAGAAAUGAUAGACUUCAUGAGAUUCUCGAUGCUCGCAUCAAGGAGGAUUGUGAUCAAGAGGAGGUCCUUGCUGUAGCCAACCUAGCAAGAAGGUGUCUGAGCUUGAACUCAGAACAUCGGCCUACCAUGAGAGAUGUUUCUAACGAAUUGGACAGGAUGAAAUCCAAGAAAAGGGGCAUUCAAAGCCGAAUUCAGAAUGACGAAGAACAUAGAAACAUUCGGGUUGCAAUGCCCGAGUCUAUGUCACUCUUUUACUCUUCUCCGGACAUAGUCAUUGAAAACAGCUCAUUCUCACUGGAAUCAGAACCACUCAUGCUUCAUAAGACACAGUGACAAGAAACCAAUACGCUUCACCUUUCGAGAUUAGUACGUCAAGAAAGAAUGAGAUGCAAUCAACCUUGAAGGUCCUCUUAUAAUGUGUGUGCAUGUAUUCCAUUACUUCAACUUAUAAUUCCUCUAUCAUGGAAAUAAACGAGACUAAAAAAUAGAAACAAAACUAUUUGUAUUACUCUUAAUUUAUCUUUCACGUGUUUGGUCUAUACAAAUGAUACACCUCAGUGCAGGUCAAAUGGAUACAUAACAAAAGUAAAGUUUACUGACACUCAAAUACAUUGAGAUAACAUGAAUCUUAUUAUGUACAAGUUUAAUUCCAUAUAUGAGUGACAGUAAUCAUCUCACAUCAACAAACUGAACUCGUUUGACAUAAAAGUGGAAGCGUUUUACCCGGAAGAUAAAUGCAUUAUAGGGUGACUUCUCCGGUAACCACUUCCCUUAAAAACAACUGUUUACACCCACACGGUUUCCAGUUAGCUCCAUGUCCAGUUGUCUGUGCAAUGAG